CCAGCCGCACAGGUACACACACAUCAUGGCGGUGACCGUGGAUAGUGGAAAUGCCCCUGUGUCGGACACCCAAUCCUCAACCUCGGCUGAUCCGCGCUAUGAAGGUUCAACAUUUCAGUACAGCAUGCUCCUGGAGCACCUCAUCGGAGAGAAGAGGCCGAUUAAAGAUCUGAAUCCGACCGUUAUGGGUGGUCUUCCCAAUCCCAUGAAAACCGACGACCAGAAGAUGAUCGAACGGGGAAUGGAGAGCUGUGCCUUCAAGGCGGUGUUGGCAUGUGUUGGAGGUUAGCUUGUCUUUCAAUAUUGACGACGAAAUUACAAUUGCAACUUGCUUGGUGCAUUUGUGUUUUGGGGGUGUAGCUGCCGGACAUAACGAUCCGAUGGUGACAGUUGGUUGCAGCUAGCUACAGUAGUUUCUCUCUGCAUGCAAGGGGCCAACCACUUAUAAUGCACAGUUGUUCCAAAUUGUUUCUCUUUAUUGUUAUUUAUCUUACUGAUGAUAUGAGCCACUCAAUCUCCCUUGAUGUCUCUCUAUGAUGUUGUUCAUUCUCACUAUAACAGUUAGUAUAACAGUACUAUGUCCAUAUUUGCUGUAGCUAACACCAUCUUGUGACACUGUUUUCGCUACAGGGUUUGUUCUUGGGGGAGCGUUUGGUGUGUUCACGGCUGGCAUAGACACCAAUGUGGGAUUUGACCCCAAAGACCCCAUGAGAACACCUACGGCCAGAGAGGUCCUCAAAGACAUGGGCCAGAGGGGAAUGUCCUACGCCAAAAACUUUGCCGUCAUUGGAGCAAUGUUCUCCUGCACGGAGUGCAUCAUUGAAUCGGUAGGUUGUCUUCUGACCGUUUUUUUUCUUUUUCUGCUUUAAAACAUCAGAAAAUAAUAUGCUAACUAAGAGAGUAGCAAAGUGAAAGUAGUCUGAUUGUCAGUGGAUUGGUGAAACUAAAGAUAUAUUGAAACUUAGCACUAGGUCCAUCCUUAUUCAUCCCAAGCACUAGACAGCCUGUAAUGUUUGGAGAACUUGAUAUUACCUUAAUAUUAUGUAACCACAAACCAUUGUUCCACAAAUCACAAGAACGUUAAUCUUCUAGGCUAAUGGUUGAUUAAAUUAAUACCGUGAUUAUGUAAUCAUUGUUUGAGAAAUACCAAAGAGAAUUUAAAAACUGGAAAUAGUGUGGUGUGUAUUUGUCAUCAGUCUCAUACUGCCCCCUUGGGUUGUGUAUUUUAUAUUACAGCACAGGGGAAAGUCUGACUGGAAGAAUGCAGUCUAUAGUGGUUGUGUUACUGGGGGAGCAAUAGGAUUUCGUGGUGAGUUAUCUACUUAAUGUAAGUUCAAAUGUCCCAUGCAUUAAUAUCACUUUGACUAAUUGUUAAAUGAUAAUUGGUUUCAAGCUAUGAUUGUCUCCCUUCUGUCUUAUAGCUGGGGCGAAGGCUGGAGUGCUGGGAUGUGGAGGUUUCGCUGCCUUCUCUGCUGCCAUUGAGUACUAUCUCCGGUGAAAACUAGGGGACCUUCAUUACCUCUGUGGACUAUAGUUGAGAGGUAACUGGCCCUCUGGACCAGAAACAGACUUUAUACCUCAUGGAAAGAAACACAUCCCUGCAGAUGGAACAUCUGAGGAUUAUCUACACUUGGACAAUUCCAUGCUGGUCUUCAUUACCUUUUGUUGACUGUAUCCUGUGCACAGUGAUGUCAUACUGGGUGGGCCAGUCCAGAAUUGUGUUCCACUGGGUAUGCUGGCUUUUCCUUUAUCUAAUAAGUUAAACUUCUAAUCAUCAGUGUCAGUCCAUAUAUUUUGGUUUUAGAUGAGCUGGCUAUUCUCUCCUUUAGUUGUGGGUAAAAUACAGCCUGGUGACAUUUAAGUUUGAGUCCAGGUCAAUGGGCGCGUUUUGAGUGGUAAGGCUAAAGCAUCCAACUGUAGACGAAAGGUACAUCAGCGACAGCCGGAAUCUAAAUGUACCCUUGUUUAUAAAAGGUUUUCUUUCUCAAAAUAAACGUCUCCAUUCUCCAACACCCAUAUUACACACUCACAAACUGAAAUGGUGUGUACAUUAUACAAUCAAUUAGUGAGAAACUCAUCACAUUUAUUUGUAUAUAUUUACUGUACACAUGAAUUGCGGAGAAUUAGUUUCUGUUUCAGUCUUGUCACGUUCGCGUGGGCCAAACAAAAACCUACAAUGUAGGUGAUGGCUGCAGAAACCUAUACUGAAAAGUUCAUAAGUCGACAUGUAGGCGAGUCAGACAAUUUCUAAGCUCCAGAACGCAACACACUGAAAGGCGAUGACUUGACAAAAGUUAGCCGCUCGAAUGCACCCAAUUGUUUUGACAUUAUCUGACUCAAACAGCCUUACUGUAAAAGCAACAUGUGGUGACUGACAUUAUUUGUAAAUGUUUACAGAAUCCAUCCAAUUUAUAGUUAACUGAAACUUAAGUCACCAAGCAGCAAAGUAGCCAUUGAUUCUCAAAGUCACUGGUGUAAAUUGUUUAUUUAAAGUCAUUGAGAAAUGCAUUACUAGACUGGACGUGCCCACCCAGAUAAGAUGUUUAAAAUUCAUUAAUUGUGAAUAAUAUAAACUAUGCUGAAUGAACUCUGAGAGUUUGGUGGGUGUCUGAGAAUUUAAUUGCAGGACUGGUUAUCAAUAAAAACACAAACCACUGCUAAUUGCUACCGUAGUUUUGUAUUCAUUUUUCAAUUCUAGUGAUUUGUUUGGUAACUGCAUGCUCAAUAGAUUCAGAAUACUUAAGAUUGCGG